GCUCGAGAUCCGGAGCUGGAGCUGGGCCAGGCUUACGAUGGCAGGUCCCGAGGAGCAGGAGUCCCAUAAUGGGGCAAAGGCGCAUUCCUCGUCAAGAUCGCAUCAUUACCGCAAGGUGUUCAAGCCACUGCUGGAGAAGAAGAGGCGGGCGCGGAUUAACCGCAGCGUGGAGGAUAUGAAGGACUUGCUUCAGGAGGUGACCCACCUGGACGCCGAAGCCUUGGCCAAAAUGGAAAAAGCAGACGUCCUUGAACUGGCCAUUCACCACCUGCGUAGGAAACACAAUCCUGCGGCUACAUCCGGUGUAUAUCAGAGCCCCAUGGACAGCUAUUGGUGUGGCUUUCGAGAAUGCGUCCUGGAAGUGUUCGAAAUUCUGCAGCACAACGGUUAUCAGCUGAACAUCGAGUGCGCUGAGAAACUGGAGCAGCUUGUGCCCUCCAAAUUCAAGUCCAAGCCCAUUCCCUGGAGGCCCUGGUAGUCGUCAUGGAGAAUUUCCACGAAAGUUCCCAAUGGGGAUUAGUUCCCGAUUAUUCGGGGUAGGUAUUUAUUAUUUAAUCGAACAACGAAGCGCUGAAAUAAAACU